UGACAAAAUGGAAACCCACCAGCAGUGUGAGGAGACCUGAAAGUGGCACAUGGCAGAGUGUGGCGAUGGAGACAGCAGCAAUGGGAGGCCGUACAGGGACCCAUGACACACUCUGGACCUGGCAGCAGCAUGAGGAGGCGGUACAGGGGCCCAUGACAGAUUACGGGCCUGGCAGCAGCAUGAGGAGUCGCAGUAUUCGGAAGCCAAAAAGGCCUCGGUUAAAAAGCGGAAGCCGUCAGCAGCGUGAGCAGACGACAGAGGCACAUGGCGCAGGGUGGUGGUGGAGGCAGCAGCAAUGGAAGGCCAUACAGCACCCUAUCACAAAAUGGAACCCACCAACA